AUGAAGGUCGGAGUGAUUGAGACCCACCACUCCCACACAAUUGUUCCCAGUGUGGUAGUGCAAGACACAAGUGAGGACCCUGGACUGAUGAACAAAAGGGAAAACAGGUAUGCUAGGCAAUGGUAUCUACCUGGUGCAUUUGCACACUACAAUAUUAACAACAAUAGUAAUAAAGACGAAGAAGAGAAGAAAAAGAAAGAAAAGAGGUAAGACAAAAAGAAGACAGAAAAAAGAAAGGAUGGAGAAACACAAAAGAACAAGGAAAAAAAGGAGAAAAACAGAAAUAAAGAUAAGUCCAAGAAGAAAGAAAAUAAAGAAGCGAAGAAGAAAGAUAUUUUUAUUAUUGAUCCAGCAGGAAAUAUGUAUUACAACUGGUUGUUUUGCAUCACAAUGCCUGUCAUGUACAACUGGACCAUGAUUAUUGCUAGAGCCUGUUUUGAUGAGCUUCAGCACGACUACUUAGUAGCAUGGUUUAUUAUUGAUUAUGUUUCUGAUGCCAUCUAUAUUGCUGACAUGUUUGUACGGACAAGAACAGGUUACCUGGAGCAAGGUCUUCUGGUGAAAGAAGAAGAAAAGCUUCAAGAGAAAUAUAAAACCUCAUUUCAAUUCAAAUUAGAUUUUCUGUCAAUCAUACCAACUGAUCUCUUAUACUUUAAAUUAGGACUGAACUACCCAGAAUUAAGAAUAAACAGACUACUCAGAGUAGCUCGGAUGUUUGAAUUCUUCCAGCGAACAGAAACAAGGACAAACUACCCAAACAUCUUCAGGAUCUCUAACCUUGUCAUGUACAUUGUAAUUAUUAUUCACUGGAAUGCCUGUGUAUACUACUCGAUCUCAAAAGCCAUUGGAUUUGGGACUGACACAUGGGUCUACCCCAACAUCUCUGAUCCUGAAUUUGCCCGUCUGACUAGGAAGUACGUCUACAGUCUCUACUGGUCAACACUGACCCUGACUACUAUCGGUGAAACACCACCUCCUGUAAGAGAUUCUGAGUAUUUCUUCGUGGUUGUUGACUUCUUGGUUGGAGUAUUGAUUUUCGCUACCAUUGUUGGUAACGUGGGCUCUAUGAUCUCCAACAUGAAUGCUGCCAGGGCAGAGUUUCAAGCAAGGAUUGAUGCUAUCAAGCAGUAUAUGCACUUUCGGAAUGUCAGUAAAGACAUGGAAAAAAGAGUUAUAAAGUGGUUUGACUACCUGUGGACAAACAAAAAGGCUGUGGAUGAAAGGGAAGUCUUGAAGUAUCUGCCAGAUAAACUAAGAGCAGAGAUUGCAAUUAAUGUUCACCUAGAAACAUUGAAAAAAGUUCGGAUUUUUGCAGACUGUGAGGCUGGUCUGUUGGUUGAACUAGUUUUGAAACUCCAGCCGCAAGUAUACAGUCCUGGAGAUUAUAUUUGCAGAAAAGGAGAUAUUGGACGAGAGAUGUACAUUAUCAAAGAAGGCAAGCUGGCAGUAGUCGCUGAUGAUGGAAUGACCCAAUUUGUGGUCCUAAGUGAUGGCAGCUAUUUUGGAGAAAUCAGCAUUCUUAAUAUCAAAGGUAGCAAAGCUGGCAAUCGAAGAACAGCCAAUAUUAGAAGUAUUGGAUACUCGGACUUGUUUUGUCUGUCUAAAGAUGACCUCAUGGAGGCUUUAACAGAAUAUCCAGAUGCAAAGGCAAUGCUGGAAGAAAAAGGCAAGCAAAUCCUAAUGAAAGAUGGGUUGCUGGAUAUUGAAGUUGCAAAUUUAGGAAGUGACCCUAAAGAUCUGGAAGAGAAGGUCACCUACAUGGAAGGAGCGAUGGACAGAUUGCAAACAAAGUUUGCCAGGUUGUUGGCUGAGUAUGAAGCUGCACAACAGAAACUGAAAAAAAGACUUACACAAAUCGAGAAAAUAUUGAAGCCAGUUAUAGAGCAAGAAUUCGCAGUCUUAGAAGAAGCAGAUCCAUCCACAGAUAAACUUGGAGUGUCAAAAGCGGAAUAA